UUGGAGAAGGACAUCCUCAUUUUUGUCAAGAAGGAGCUGGAGAAACUCCACAAGCUUCUGAGUACAGAUUAUCUAGAAUACUUAGAGCCUUCGAAGGAUGAGGAUGAAGAGCAGAGGAGAAACAGUGAGGCUGUUCUGAACAUCACACUGAACUUCCUGAAGAGGAUGAAUCAGAAGGAUCUGGCUGGGCGUCUGUGGAGCAGGAAUUAUUCUAGAGAUUUUCAGCAUAAACUGAAGUCUAACCUGAAGCAGAAGUUUGAGUGUGUGUUUGAGGGCAUCGCUAAAGCAGGAAACCCCACCCUUUUGAAUCAGAUCUACACAGAGCUCUACAUCACAGAGGGAGGGCCUUCAGAGGUCAACCAGGAACAUGAGGUCAGACACAUGGAAACAGCCUCCAGGACACCAGGCCCAGCAGAGAAAACCAUCACAUGUGAAGACAUGUUUAAAGGCCCAGUUCACACACAUGGACCCAUCAGAACAGUGCUGACAAAGGGAGUGGCUGGCAUCGGGAAAACCAUUCUCACUCAGAAGUUCAGUCUGGACUGGGCUGAAGGCAAAGCCAACCAGGACAUACAGCUGCUGUUCCCGUUCACUUUCAGAACACUCAAUGUGCUGAAGGAGAGAAGCUUCAGCUUGGUGACACUUGUUCAUCACUUUUUUAGUCAAACAGAAGCAGAACUCUUCAGCUUUGAAGACUUCCAGGUGCUUUUCAUCUUAGACGGUCUGGACGAGUACAGACUUCCUCUGGACUUCACCAAAACUGAGGCCCUGACCGACCCCACAGAGUCCGCCUCAGUGCACGUGCUGCUGGUGAACCUCAUCAGGGGGAACCUUCUUCCCUCCGCUCGCCUCUGGAUAACCACACGACCCGCGGCGGCCAGUCAGAUCCCUGCUGAGUGCAUCUCCAUGGUGACAGAGGUCAGAGGGUUCACCGACCCACAGAAGGAGCAGUACUUCAGGAAGAGGUUCAGCAAUGAGGCCGACACAAUCAUCUCCCACAUCAAGACGUCCAGAAGCCUCCACAUCAUGUGCUACAUGCCGAUCUUCUGCUGGAUCGCUGCCACAGUCCUGGAGCAUGUGUUGAAAAGUGGAGAGAGUGGAGAGCUGCCCACGACCCUGACUCAGCUGUACAGCUACUUCCUGGUGGUUCAGGCCAAAGUCAAGAAGAUCAAAUAUGAAGGAGGAUCUGGGACGGACCCACACUGGACUCCAGAGACCAGGAAGAUGGUGGAGUCUCUGGGAAAACUGGCCUUUGAGCAGCUGCAGAAAGGAAACCUGAUCUUCUACGAGAGUGACCUGAGCGAGUGUGGGCUGGACGCUGCAGAGGCCUCUUUGUACUCUGGACUGUUCACACAGGUCUUUAGAGAGGAGCCAGGCCUGUACCAGGACAAGGUCUACUGCUUCAUCCACUUGAGUGUUCAGGAGUUUCUGGCUGCUCUUCAUGUCCAUCUGACCUUCAUCAACAAUGGGAUCAACCUGCUCUCAAAAACAAAGAAGCCUUCAAAGUUCAGUAUGAAAAAAAAACUAAAGCAUCUUCACCAGACAGCUGUGGACGAGGCCUUACAGAGUCCAAAUGGACACCUGGAUCUGCUCCUCCGCUUCCUUGUGGGUCUUUCACUGUCGGCCAAUCAGAGCCUUCUACAAAGUCUUGGAACACAGACAGGAAGCAGCUCUCAGACCAAUCAGGAAACAGCUGAGUACAUUAAGAAGAAGCUGAGUGAGGAUGUGUCUGCAGAGAGGAGCAUCAACCUGCUCCACUGUCUGAAUGAACUGAAUGAGCGCUCUCUGGUGGAGCAGAUCCAACGGUACCUGAGGUCAGGAAGUCUGUCUGGAGAUAGACUGUCUCCUGCUGAGUGGUCAGCGCUGGGCUUCAUCCUGCUAUCAUCAGAAGAUCUAGACCAGUUUGAGCUGAAGAAAUACUCUGCUUCCGAGGAGGCUCUCCUGAGGCUGCUGUCAGUGGUCAAGGCUUCCAACAAAGCUCUCCUGAGCAGCUGUCACCUGUCAGAGAGAAGCUGUGAAGCUCUGUCCUCAGUCCUCAGCUCCUCUGGUCUGAGAGUCCUGGAUCUCAGUGACAACGAUGUGAAGGACUCAGGGGUGGAGAUGUUGUCUGCUGGACUGAAGAGUCGUCACUGUAAACUGGAAGACCUCAGACUGAGCAGCUGUCACCUGUCAGAGAAAAGCUGUGGCUCUCUGUCCUCAGUCCUCAAAUCCCACUCUGGUCUGAGAGUCCUGGAUCUCAGUGACAACGAUGUGAAGGACUCAGGGGUGGAGAUGUUGUCUGCUGGACUGAAGAGUCGUCACUGUAAACUGGAAGAGCUCAGACUGAGCAGCUGCCACCUGUCAGAGAAAAGCUGUGGCUCUCUGUCCUCAGUCCUCAAAUCCCACUCUGGUCUGAGAGUCCUGGACCUCAGUGACAACGACGUGAAGGAUUCAGGGGUGGAGAUGUUGUCUGCUGGUCUGAAGAGUCGUCACUGUAAACUGGAAGAGCUCAGUUUAUCCCGUUGUCUGGUCUCAGAGGAAGGCUGCGCUCCUCUGGCCUCAGCUCUGCAGUCCAAAUCCUCCCAUCUCAGAGAAUUGGACCUGAGCUACAACCAUCCAGGAGACACAGGAGUGAAGCUCCUGUCUGCGCUGCAGAGCGCCCCCUACUGCACACUGCACACCCUCAGACUGAAGCCGGCUGGAGCCUGGUACAUCAGUCCAGGGCCGAGGAGGUAUUUCUGUGAUCUGACUCUGGACGUGAACACAGCUCACAGAAGUCUCAAACUCUCCGACAACAAAAAGACGGUGAGACGAGUUAAAGAGGAGCAGCCAUAUCCAGAUGACCCGGACAGAUUUGAGGUCUGGGCCCAGAUUCUGUCCUCUGCUGAUCUGAUCGGCCGCUGUUUCUGGGAGGUGGAGUGGAGUGGAAGGGUGGACAUCUCAGUGUCUUACAGGGGAAUUGGAAGGAAAGGAAAGGGCAAUGACAGUUUGUUUGGAUACAACGAUCAGUCCUGGAGUCUGUCCUGCUCUGAACACGGCUUCUCUGUGUUUCACGAUAAAAAAGAAAGCUGCUUUCCCAACAUCAAGCCCUCGCCUUCAGGCAGAGUGGGAGUGUAUGUGGACUGUCCCGCUGGCACUUUGACCUUCUACACAGUCUCCUCUGACCGUGUGACUCACCUGUGCACCACCCACACCAUCCACACCAUCCACACCGCGUUCACUCAGCCUGUGCUCGCUGGAUUCACUCUCUGCUCUUAUGACUCCUCACUGUCUCUGUGUGUCCCGUCAGACUGACUGUUAAGAAGAGAACGCUCACUUUAAAGGUGGUCUAUGGAACUUUCAGGGGGUCCGCACUAUGAUUUUAAACAGCUCUACUUUAAAUGGAUCAAAUUACAGGUGGUUAUAAAGCUCCAAAAUACCUUGAAAAACAACAUUCUGACUGUGAGCGGGGUCGCCUCUCCACAGAACUGACCUUGUAAAUUGGUCUGGUUUGGUCUUCAUGAAAUAGAAAGGUUUAAAAUCAAAGUAUAAAAGCAUUUCAUGCCCUGUCGAUUUGAGCUCACUAGCGCUGCUGCGAAUGACACACGACCCCCAUGCAUUGUUACAGAUUAAAUGUUUCACUUUGUGGAAACCGUCUGACCUCAUUAGCAUUAGGAUUCGUUCCCUCGACGGUAGGCAGGUACUUUUUUAUUUAACCAAUCGCUGCUGUUUGGUCAUGACGUAUGUAAUGCUCCAAAUCCCGUAGGAAGAAGGACAAUCACGUCUUUCCCCUUGAUAAAAUUCAACAAACAUUCUCUUUGUUCUGACUUUAAAUCCUCGAUCUCGGGAAUCGUUGCCAACACAGAAUGUCUGUCUUCAUCUACAUCCAUCUCGACGCUUUGUUUACUGUUGUGCUGCAAAAGGGACCCAGACAUCAUGGCUUCACAGCUCUUCACUGAUUGGCCAACUUCCGAGGUUCUUGCAAACGUCUAGUGUAUUCCGAUUCCUGACUUAGUCGCUGGAGAGAAAUGAAAUUGAGUGGAAGCACUCGGUGGUGCCAGCCUGGUUAGUUGAUUUUAGUUCCUGAGGCAGAAGUGGAGUAACAAGAAACAUUUUAAGUGUAUUGAUUUUAUUGUAUGUUUUGACCAUUUAAGCAUCGACAUGUGCGAGUUAGAUUUGUGGCAGAAUACCUACGUUAGACGAUUGAAUAGUUUGGAUUUAAUAUUUGAUUUUAUUGUUUUCAUUUUCAUUACAUCGUAUUUUAUUUUGUUUCCAUAAGCAGAAAACAUUGUAACUUUGUUUAGAAAGGUGCUGCAUAAAUAAAAUAUCACUGUAUUAUAAUAGGAAAUUCACACUGUAGCCUUUGAUAUUUACUUAAUAUAAAGACUUCAGCCGUCUGAGAUGAAAGGCAAAGCUCUCGAUUUACUGUUCAGUUUGCGUUCCUCCCCUCACCUAUGGUCAUGAACUCUGGGUAAUGACCGAAAGGACGAGAUCAAGGAGACAAGCGGCCCAAAUGAGUUUCCUUCGCAGGGCGGCUGGGCGCU